UCUCCACUCUCCACUCUCUCAGGAGGCUGUUUUGAUUUGAGGAGAGAAAGAAGAAGAAAAGGAGGAGCAAAGAUGAGGUAACAGUGCUGAGGAAGGAAGAAAAUGUCUUGUUAUGGAAGCACUUGACAACCAGUAGUCAUAAAUUUCUACCCAAAAUCACAGCUUUACCCAAAGAUGAUGAGUGGAGGGACGUUGCUUGUAAGCCGUUUCACAAGCUUCAGAACUCCAUUACCAAGACCAAAUAAUGGUCGGUUCUCAAUGCGAAUAUGCCACAAAAGAGGACAGGUAAGCGCUGGAGACAUGAGCCCAAGAAGAACCCCAUCCGCAUUUUGCAUCCCUUCUUCAUUGAGAGUAAUACUAGUCACAGCAGCAUUGGCUGCAGCUGCAUCAGCAGCCGUAUUCUCUGCAGUCGCGGUGGAAGCAGGGGCAGAUAGCGAAACACUGUCCAAUGUGCCACAAACUUUGUCAGGAGAAUGCAGUUCAGUUUCCGGCAAGGAUGACUGCAAGAAGCCCCGGAUUCAACGACCCAAGUCCAAGAAGGCCGAGACUUGCACGGUCAAGUGCGUCAACACCUGCAUAAGAGGCGGCCUUGGAUCCCCGGGUGAAGGCCCUCUUAAUAUCAGGAGGCCUCUGGUGGUUUUCAAGCAAGGCUUCCGCAGUCGUCAAUACUGCUUGAUUGAGUGCUCUGAUAUUUGUAAUUUGAUUGGUGACGGUGAUGAUGGACCAUAGACUCUCCCACCAACUCCUCCUCAACCUCUUUUCUAAGUUCUCAUGCCUGAUUGCGUCCUUUUCUUUUUCCGCUUUGGCAAGACCGGCAAACUACGGCUAUUCUAUUACCAGAAGUCAUUGAAGAAACUACUCAAGGAAGCUUACGUAAAAGAGCUGCAGUUAUGAGUUUAGGACACAUACAACCAUGAAUGCAUCAAAACUCGGCAAGAAGUUUAUCUGAUUUAGUGGCAGAUUUAGUUGUGGAAGAGGCCUACAAAUAUAUGAUGGCGUAGCAGUUUUUGGCAAAUUCAUGGAGGGAGUGAAAAAUUUCUGUGUGACUUUCCUUCGACGCCAAAGAUGGAGACUGCAGAGAGCUUUAUUCUGUCCUUUCAUCAGUUUGCACAGGCAAAAGUAAGAAGGGCUGUGAACUUUGCCCUCCGUAAUUUUUCUGUGUUAGCAAAUUCUCCUCAUCUGUAUGUGGCUAUGCGCACGGAAGCUUGCGCAAAUAACAAAAGCGUGGUUAGCUGCCAUAUAUUUCGAUGGCCCCGGAAAAUAUCCAUGUCAAAGUAAGCUUUAGUAACCCUCUGUUGUCUCCAAUU